AUGGUGAGUAGUUCUUGUCCACACAAUAGACUCUCCAUUAUUGACACUUUCCAGGGCAAUCUCCCCAACCUCCGUCGCCUCUUCGUCGAAGCCAGGACCGAGGCCGAAGAGAACGAGUACUCGCGGACAGCAUUCUACAACCUCGUUCUGUUUAUUUCCUCGAUCGCCGUCUUCAGUCUGGCCGCUCAGCGCAUGAGCGGACCCAAAGCCAGCCGAUGA